ACGAACCCAGCCAGCCAACCAGAGGCCGGCUUGGCGCUGCCGCUCUUCGGGACCAGCCACAACCCCUCAAUUGCCCCACCCUCAGUUUCGCGUGCCCGUACACCUCGUCUCCUACCAACACCAGCCCACCGAUACUCCCCAACACCUCUCUCAAAUCGUGAUCAGCAUACCAAACCCCGUCAAAAUGGACACCGUCGCCAGUAUUGCUCAGCAAUUCACCGACUACUACUACUCCACCUUCGACACGGACCGCGCGGCGCUCGCCCCUCUCUAUGCCGAGGAGUCGAUGCUCACCUUUGAGACCAACCAGGUCCAAGGUGUCACUGCGAUUGUCGAGAAGUUGAUGAGCCUGCCUUUCCAGAAGGUGAAACACCAAGUCGCCACUCUCGAUGCUCAGCCCGCCGGUCCCGACGGUAGCCUUCUCGUCAUGGUUACUGGCAAGCUGCUGCUCGACGAGGAACAGAACCCCCAGAACUACUGCCAGUCCUUCCACCUGAUCUCCAGGGCGGGUAGCUACUACGUUCGCAACGACGUCUUCCGUUUGGUGUACGGUUAGAUAUGGAUGCGAAGCUGCUUGUUUCCUUUGGGUGGAUGAAGAGGGAGGGGGACCUUUAAUGGGGGGCAUCACUCAGUUACCAUCUUGUUUUUUUGUUUCCUCUGUGGCAUCUGUGGUUCGUUCUUGAGAAUUGUGACUAUUUCUACCUCCAUCGGAUCCGAGGCUCUCGAGUGACCGUGAGUAAACUCGAAAGUAGCCGCCGCAACUUUUCUAU